GACGCUUGCGCGCUCUGGACCCCUGGGGUUCUUCUGUCGCCUGCCGGUUUCCCCAAACCCCUCAGUGCUUUCCGAUCGUCACAUAUCUGCUGUCCCUUAUAAUCCUCACCACCACCCCGCACCCCAGCGCCAAGUCAAGCCUGUAGCUAAAUGCCCAGAAUGUUUGAGUGCAAGGUUGCGCCUCACAGUGCGCACCAGGUGGCCUCGAUCGCUUCCUUGAUGGCUCAGAGCCUGUUUCUGAACCUGUAGAAUGAGUCCGAAUAAUGCCAGCUUCGGCGAGUACCACCGGAAAGGAAUGAAAGUCGUCUUCAUCCAGUGCAAGGGAAGGGGCGAGGGCUGCAGCUCUUCCUUAGCCUGCCUCUCCUCUCCUCCAGACUGCGCUCCUCUCCUCCAUGAGCCGGUACCAGGCAGCCUUGCUGUGCCUAGGCCUGUUCAUCCUACUACUGUAUGUGGGGCGGCCGGGCCCCCUUGAGCAGACUUCCUGGCUCUGGGGAGGCCCCAAUGUCACAGUCCUGGCUGGUCUCACCCAAGGCAACGCCCCCAUCUUUUACCGCGAGGUGCCGCCACUGCACCGUGGGCGAAGGGUGGAGGUGGUGCUACUCCAUGGAAAGGCCUUUAACUCCCACACGUGGGUGCAGCUGGGCACACUGCAGCUGCUGUCGCAGAGGGGCUACAGGGCUGUGGCCCUUGACCUUCCAGGUUUUGGUAACUCGGCACCUUCCAAGGAGACAAGCACGGCGGCUGGGCGAGCCGAGCUGCUGGAGCGGGUGCUGCAGGACCUGGAGGUGCAGAAGGCCGUGUUAGUGAGCCCCUCUCUGAGUGGCCGCUAUGCUCUGCCCUUCCUGAUGCGAGCCCACCAUCAGCUACGUGGAUUUGUGCCCAUUGCACCCACCUCCACCCAGGACUACACCCCAGAGCAGUUCUGGACUGUAAAGACCCCAACUCUUAUCCUUUAUGGGGAACUGGACCACACCCUGGCACAGGAGUCGCUACGUCAGCUCCGCCACCUGCCCAACCACUCCGUGGUGAAACUACCAAAUGCGGGCCAUGCCUGCUACCUCCACAAGCCGCAGGACUUCCACCUCGCCCUGCUGGCCUUCCUUGACCAUUUGCCUUGAACUAGCCCACUUCCCAGGUGGGAAGUGGCUUUGAAGGGUUUAACGGCACUCUCUAACCCUAACCCUCCCUGGCUGGGGUUGGAGGACUGAGGGCAGAUAGGCCCAGCCAGGAUUGCUCAUUUCAUUUCACAGGUGCAAUAAAUAAAAGUGUAUUUGUCUUA